GAUAGUGAAGUCAACCAUCUUAUUGCAUGCGAGCUAAACGACCAGAGAAUGAGAACCACACCUCUUUUUUUCGUCUAUCUCCUGCUGUGCUGUCAAACUACAGAGAGUUUAACUCUUAAACGGGUGAUUUUAGGUGGAAAUGUGACUUUGGACUGUGAGCUUGAUGACAGAGACGUUUAUUGGCUUUUCAUGAAACCGCCAGAAUCUCCAGUGGUGAUAUUUCGUACUUUUACAGCAGAAUCUACAAAACCUGCAUUCUUUGAUCAAAGACUCAAAAGCAAAUAUUCAUCAACAACAUUCAGUCGUUUAUGUAUAAGUAAUAUAACAAAAGAUGAAUUAGGAACAUAUUACUGUGCAAGAGUUAACACAAGGAGUCUACAUUUCAGCAAUGGGACUAAACUUUACACUGAAACGGUCCAUCAGAAUUCAAUGGAAGGAAAUGAUCAAGCACAUCAUGAGAUCAAACAUCAGACUGUGGCAAUCACGUCCAUCUCAUGCAUUGCGAUAUUUUUUAUUAUAAUAGGUCUGUUCACGCUGAAAUGUGGGAAACCCAGAAAAACUCAACAACCAAACCAGAAUCUCAAAGGGAAGCAGUUUGAUGACCUAAAUACAAAAGAGUUUACUAAAGUGGAGUUCCGUCUGUGUGAAUAACACAAGAAAAAUCAGUCUAGCCGAGGACAUCACUUAAAGAGCUGUCUGGCUUACCUGAUGUGUCAAGUGUCAAGUCCUCAAAACCAAAAAACUGGUGCGAGACAUUUUUUAAUGAUAAGUCACAGCUUGAAAGUAAACUUUAUCAAAAUAAUCUUUUAAUUUAGGCUUUUGAAAUAUCUUUGGCUUUAGAGCCAGGGUUUCCUUUUUAACCUCAUGUAAAAUCAAGCUUUAAAUUUUGUAUUUUGUCUCGCCAUGUUUUCUUUGCUUCCUUCUUGUUCCUGUUUCUGCCCUAUCCUGAUUGGCUGGACCCUUACCCUAGAUAAAUCAGAGUAAAAAAUAUGCUCUUUUUCAAAUGCCGUAUCUCUCACACUUUGGGUUGUUUGUAUUUUUUAUAUCAUCAAAUAAACAACAUUCAAAGGAAUGAAUAAUGUGGUUAAAUUGAGUAGUUAUCAGUUAAACACCGAUGUCAGGUCACUGCAAUCUUGUUUCCUUCCUGUAGUUUUAAAGGAUGUCUUUACUAUUGAAAGUGAAUCAGAGUUUGUUACUUUAUUCUUUAUAAAUGUUGUCUUCAGAGGCCUGUGUCACAAAGCCGCUUAUGGUUAUUACCCAGGUAGGUGAGUUUAGUUUGAGCAUACUAGUUUGAGUUUUUGGGCUCAAAAAGGUGCAUUGGUUUUGAGGGGGUUUAACUUAAGCUACACGGCUAACUUGAAGGUUUUAUUCAAUCAGCUGUGAGAAAUUUGACGUAUAUUUUACGCUAUGGUGCCAAUGCCCUUGUAUCUCUCGCUGCAAAUAAAAAAAGUUUAAAGUGAAAAGACGUCAGAGAGAUAAUCUUUUUCUGCUAAGUGUUUAUUUUUAUUGUAUAUUUACAAUUUUUAAUUAAACUCAAAAGACAUUCAUAUAUA